GGAUGUUUGAUGUCAUAACACUGCGCCGAAGCUGUCUGGGGACAUGACAUGUUGAGCGACCAGAGUGGACUUAUUUAACAUCUAAGGACACAUAAUUUUCACAAUGUUUGCUUGUAAACGGAGCUUGACCAGCACUGUGAUAUCUGCUCUCCGUGUUUCCCUCACCAAACAAGUAAAUGCAGACUACGAAGCGUUUGUGCAGCAUUGUUAAAGGGUCGAUCUGUGAUGUCAACAGCUGUUAUCUGACUCAAACUAACACAGCUCUAAGUUUUUUCGUCUCUGUCUCCUCAGGUUGUUGUUUCUGGGAAUGUGCAGAGAUGUAUGUCCACACAAACGGACGGGGAGGUCCGAAUUGCAGCGGUGUUAAAGGAGAAGUUUCCGAUGGCGUCUUCGCUAAAAGUUGUGGAUAUUUCAGGUAAGUCCUGCUGAUAGUUCAGAGGUUUGCCCUUAUUACUAAAACUAAACUUGAAAGAAUUUAAGGACGGGAUUCUGAAUAAAGAGUAUCAAGUGACAUCCAAACUUGCAGAGCCUCCUUUGUUGUUAAGACACCCUGAAUAAGCAGGUAUUUCAUAUCUGUUUCCUUCAAAUGGACAUAAAAAACUUCUUACAUUUGGUUGUACAUCCAUCUUGACUUCAUCUUGAGCGGGUCACUGAGGCGCCAGUCCAAGCAAGUCAACUCAAAUGUCUCUCUCCUGCGGCCGUUAACAGCCAAUCCUGGGUGAUUUUUAGGUGUUCCAGGGUUCCAUGUAGGGCUGGGCGAAAUGGGAAAAAGUUUAUCAAGAUAUAUUUUUUUCGAUAUAUAUUGAUCAUAUCACGAUAAUAAAAAUGGAAUUUGGUUGGCUCUUGGUUCUAAUUCAGCACGAUUGGUUCCCCUUUUCAUUGGCUAUUCAUAUAGUCUACCAAAACAUGACAGAAUGCUGGUUAUCGAAAAGCAUAUUGACCAUGUUUUAUAUUGAUAUUGAGGGAAAUUAAUUUUCGACAUAUAGCGUUAUCGUUUUAUCGCCCAGCCCUGGUUAAGUUCCAGGAUGUGAAAAAAAAAUUGUAGGGUCAUAGGGGAAGGUCCCGCCCUUCUUCGCCUCUGAUUGGCUAGAAGUGCUGGGCUCCGAUUGGUUAUUAUUGGAAGGAGGUGGGACUUUCCCCUACUAUCCUGCAAAACAAAAUAUCGCUUCCAGGAUGCAUGUUUCCCCUGGUAACCUCUGGGUCGACUCUAGGGUCUCCUCCUUAUUAUAGAUGCACCUGGAACACAUCCAAACUGAGAUACUUUCACUGAAGAUUUCUAAACAGGAUCACUAACAAGGCUGACAUGCACUUGAGAAUGUGUUUAUGUCACUGUUUAACAAAUAGGAUAUGAAAGAUCUGGUUUAUUGUGACUCUUCAGUAAAUACAAUGUUUGCCAGAUGUCCAGUGCCUCUUAAUAUAGACUCUCAAGUUGAUAUUAAUCCAAAUGAUAACAAGUUCACACCUGAUGUGUUUAGGUGGUUGUGGAGCCAUGUAUGAGAUCCACAUAGAGUCCGAUGAGUUCAAAGGAAAAAGGACUGUCCAGCAACACCAACUAGUAAAUCAGGUAAAUGAAAAUCCUAACUUGAAAUCCUUGUGCCUCUGUAUUUGGGCACUUAUCUGUCUGUCAGCAAUGCUCACGAGAUUUUUGAUAUUUCCACAUAUAAUGUAAAACACUCUUAUACUGCUUUGAUUAGCUGUUGUGUUUUGUCCUCCACAGGCUCUGAAGGAUGAAAUCCAAGGAAUGCAUGGACUACGAAUAUUCACUGAUGUCCCACAGUAGGAGGACCAGAGAGUCCUUAACUGUUGACCCACAGUCUCUUUCCUAGUUCACCUUACCUACUAUGAAUGUACAGUUUUAAAGAGUAUGUGUUGUACUGUGUAAUCAUUUUCAAUGUGCCAGAGGUAAAAACACAAGGACCACGUCCCUGCUUGCUAUCAUUAGAGUGUGAAAUAAGUGAAAACAAAAUUUUAAGUUGAAGAAAGACAAUAUAUUUUUUUUUCUAAACAGUGAGAUAUAUGAUACUCUGGGAUAAUAUAUAAAUUUAGUGAAGGCUGGAAUACGCACAAAACCUGGUUUAAAGGAAGUUUUCACUCUAAUUUGGGGUCUUUUUAGGCAGUUUCUGCAUUAGCUGAAAGUAAGAGAGACAUCUAUGCCCAUUUUAGAUACAGACCUGUGUUUGUAACUUAAAAAGAAAUCUAAAUGAGCAUUAAAUUUGCAAUGUAAAUGAGAGUGUAAUGUAAUUUCUGGAAAUAUCCUUUGCAAAGUGAAUGAUCUUUAAUCAACUGCUUUUUUGAUUACCUAUGGACCUUGAAUUUAUUCUGCCUAUACGCUGAUUAUGCAAAUAGCAAUAAAAAGCUACAGCUGUCUCCUUCAAAAUUGAGUGGUUUGAAAAAUAUAUAUUUUAAAAUCAAGUUUAUCAACAAGUUGAUCAUUUCCUGUAAACAAACUUUAUGCAAAUAUUCUAAAAUGUAAGAACAACAUGAUACUUUCUUCGUAUAAAUUCUUUGGCUAAACUAAAUCUUAUUCUGCAAAAUAUGUAAAGCAUACAUAAGUAAACGAUUUCCAUUUUUCACGAGUUAUUGCAGCUCUUAAUACAAUCCAGUCGUAGCGAGGGAACGCAGAUAUGAAGCUAACUUGUUUGAAGUUGACUCAAAUCUGCAACUUGACUCACAUUUUGUCGUCUGAACUAUAGGGGGCAGUAAUAUGUGCCUGUUUAUUACUUUCGAAGUUUAUCUAUUUUUAUUUGCCAUAAUAUAUGUACUCAAGCAACUGGUCAAGGCUUUCAUGUGCUGGUUAGCAUGGAUACUUAACUGUCCUAGAGCGAGAAGUAAAGAUUGACAGUAUGGAUGCAUUUAGUCUUGGUUAUGCUUUACUUUAGCUUUCAACAAUCCAUUUCCUGAACUUAAGUCAUGCAUACUGAAAUGUACAGUAUCUCGAAAUAUCUUUCGAUUUUGAUUAUUUCAGAUAAAUCAAGGGUUGUGCUGGUAAAAAAACAAACACAUUGCAAAGACUAUUGUGUUUCUACCUAAUGUUAUUUAAAAUCUACAAGAUGUGCACUUCAGUACACAACAGGAUUUCAUUGAUCGAAUGUCUGACACAUUAACAUUUUUAAACUGAUUAUGAAAA